UUCUUGCCCUUUCUCACCAACAUCUGCUUGCUUACAACUUGCAUGCAUCACAAUAAAACAUUCGCUUCAUGAACUCAUUCAAGUCCUCUAUCAAAAAUGCCUUCAAAAAGAAGGAAAAGUCUUUGAAAAACAGCAACAUCAGUAAUGGUAAUGACAAUCCAUCCAAUGCAGAGUCAUUAGCAUCAUCUUUUGUUGUUAAAUCCAACGGUAGUACCACAACACACUCGAUAGGUCAUCAAUCUGAUGCUAGUUCCGUCAGGUCAAACACAAUUGUUCGUUAUGAAGGUUCUCCUUCGGCCCCUUUACCUUCCACACCUCACCCAGACAACAGCAACAGCUCCAUAUCAAUCGUAGAUCUUGCAGGAUAUGCACAGCCACAAUCAACGGUCGCUGAUCCCAAUGGUUACAACACUGUUCCAUCUUCAAAGGGAAUUCAUAGAGUACCCUAUCCAGCUCCUUCUAAUCCACAGUUAGUAGGGAAUACACCCUUGGUCAGGACACAGAAUGGACCAAUAGGAUCUUCAACUCUUGACGCUCGUUCAUCAGAGACCGAACCUCGUGGACCGCAGGCAAUUCAGGAACAUCAACUCCACCCCCGACAGCAGCCAAGUGCACCAGUACCAGGGCCAGAUAUGAAUAUUCAGAUGGUUGCGACAAGUGGGGGCAAUCAUUCCAUGAUGGAAGGUGCAACAGUUGAUGAUGAUACAGAUGAUUUGACAACGUUGCAUCGAUCAGGAACGUUACCACCGUCAUAUAACAGUCUCAAUAUUCCACUCCCACCUUCUGCGCGGAAUAAUACAAUCUAUGAAGCCUCAGCACCGUCGCCAGAUCUGGCCAAUAUUUCAACAUCACCGAAUACUGCUAUGAUGUCCUUUGAUAACAAUUCUGCUGCUGGUGUUGGUAUUUCCACGCCAGCCCAUUCUCCAAUGUCCUAUGUGGCCCCGCCAAAUGCUCCCUUAUUGCCCAAUCAGACUGAUUCUAUUGGGAUGUAUCAUAGUGCUACAAUGCCAUCUCCAGUACCAACAAUUUCAUCGGCAUCACCUUCGAAUCAAAGUUUCCAUCGUCUUCAGCACCCAUAUGCGAUAUCGAGUGCAUCAGGCCCAUGGAGUACAGCUAGUACAACUUCGCUUCCACAACAUCAGCCAUAUUCACCUGCAACUUCUAUCGCUGGCGCACAGAAUUAUGGGCAUCGGCCAUAUGUUAUUCCAGGAAGUGAAAAUCAAACGUAUCCAAUUAUCAUGGCCAUUGAUUGGGGUACAACAUAUUCCUCCAUGGCAUAUGCGUUCCAACAGGAUGGUGAAGUGCAUGAAGUGUCUGCAUGGCCUAAGCAAACGCACAACUAUCCCAAAGUACCAACAUGCAAUUUGUAUGGACCAGGCUCAAAAGAGAUUAUCGAGUGGGGUUAUCCAGCCAAACAUGCAAUCACAAAACCGCCGUUCAAGAACCACGUGCUGUUAUCGAAAUACAAGUUGCAUCUCGAUGAAUCUGCAGGACCGCAUCCACCCUUACCAAAUGGAUUGACAGUUGUAGACGCAAUCGCGGAUUAUCUCCGACUCUUCCAUGCACAUGUUAUUCAGACGGUUCUUAAAGGAUUUGGAUCAUCAUUUGAUCAGCAGCAUAUUCAGUACUGUCUUUCGGUUCCAGCCAUGUGGACCGACAAUGCCAAGGCGAUGAUGCGACAAGCGGCCCUUCAGGCAGGGAUGAUCUCACCUUUAGACCCACCUCAUCGACUUCUCUUAAUUUCAGAGCCUGAGGCUGCGGCCUUGUACUGUGAAAAGAAGUGCGACCAAUUUUCUAUUGGACAUGGUCAACGUUUCAUGAUCUGUGAUGCAGGCGGUGGCACUGUGGAUUUGAUUGUCUUUGAAGUUGCUGUAGGACCUCAGGGGAGGACAUUACGAGAAGUGACCCGUGGUAGCGGACAUAGCUGUGGAUCCAUCUUCCUGGAUGAGCGUAUGGAAGCUCUGUUGAGACGACGAUUCGCAAAAUGGCAAGAGAAAGGAUUGACAGCAGGAAAUUGGGUUCAGUUGAUGGAAACCUUUAUUCAUAAUGUGAAGCCAUUGUUCGAUGGUAUUGAAGAUCAAUAUAUUACAAUGCCAGCUGUGCCUGGAAGAGCAGAGCUGACGGAUUAUGACAUUGGAUUAGAAGACGGGGUGUUAACAAUCAGUGCCGAAGAAAUGAGGCGCGAAGUUUUUGAUCCUGUAGUGAAUGAUGUUCUACGAUUGAUUCAACACCAGUUACAACAGACACAGUAUCAAUGUAAUGCCAUUUUCCUUGUCGGAGGGUUUGGAUGUUCGAGCUAUUUACAUUCUAGAGUCCAGGCCGAGUUUGGAUCUAGAGUGCCGAUGAUUGGAGUGCCUCCGAGGGCGGAGCUAGCUGUGGUCCGUGGAGCAGCCUAUGCAGGGCUGAUGCCUCGGACGAUUACUCAACGUGUGGCGCGUCGUUGGUACGGAGUGGAUUCAUUGAUGGCUUUUGAAGAAGGUGUGGACGCUGCACACAAGAAGGUUCGAGACCGAGAGGGUAUGAUUCGAGCUCGGGAUCGAUUCUCGGUCUAUGUCUCACCAGGACAACCUAUUGGUGUAGAUGAAUGUAUCACGAAACGCUACAUUACAUAUCAAUACCCAAAACCUGUCAAUUCGCCCCUGUUUGCAUGUUCAUCCAUGAAUUUGCCUCGGUAUGUGGAUUCACCAUUGGUGGAGAAGAUCGGGGAUUUCUUGAUUCCACUACCGUUUGUACCAGGCGCCCAACCGGGUCAUAAAAUGGUCUUUGAGCUAAGAAUGUAUUUCGGAGCUACAGAGAUUAGGGCUGAAGCCGAAGUGAAUGGCAUGGUAGUUAGUACGCGGUGUCAAUUUUCAGGAUAAAAAAAAAAAAGGGAGGAAGGGUUAAAAAGAAGGAAAGAAGGAAAAAAAAUGCACAACUUGUUUAUCCGUCCUGGGAUGGCUACUAGAAACGAC